AUGACUGUCAUCCCUGAGCCCUCCAUACCUUCUAUGCAGACGGCCAUUCCUGGUCCGUUGACUACUGCUACCAAGUCGGAACUAGAUAUUAUCUUUGAUGCCCGCACUACGCAAAUGGUCAUUGACUACGACAAGAGUUCUGGAAACUACUUGGUCGACGUAGAUGGUAACACGUACCUUGAUGUGUACGCUCAGAUCGCCUCAAUCCCUGUGGGAUAUAACAACCCAACCCUGGUAAAAGCUGCACAGUCGCCCGCCAUGGUUUCAGCACUGGUCAAUCGCCCAGCAAUCGGCAACUUCCCCUCCCAGCGGUGGCUCAAUCUCUUGCGCGAUGGCCUCAUGCGCGUAGCCCCGCGUGGAUGCACCCAGGUUGUCACCGCGCAAUCAGGAUCCGAGGCCAACGAGUUGGCCUUUAAGGCUGCCUUCAUGGCCUAUCGCCGCAAUCAAAGAGGUGAUGCAUCUUGGUCCAACCAUGAACAGGAGACCUCCAUGAAGAACCAAGCUCCUGGUCUGUCGGCUACUCGCUCCAAGCCACAGGAGAACCGUCACGAAGAGAAGCACUGUCUGCAGGAAAUCAAACACAUUAUUGAAUCCUGGCACUGUCCUGUAGCCGGUAUCAUCGUUGAACCGAUUCAAAGUGAAGGUGGAGACAACCAUGCCUCACCGGAGUUCUUCCAGUACUUGCAGGCUAUCACAAAGGCUUAUGGAAUCUGUUUGAUUGUCGAUGAGGUCCAGACGGGCUUUGGUGAUACGGGCAAAUUCUGGGGCCAUGAACAUUGGAAUUUGCCAGCCCCAGCCGAUAUUGUGACUUUCUCCAAGAAGGCACAGACCGCGGGCUACUUUUUCAGUGAUAGCUCGCUUUGCCCGGACAAAGCUUACCGCCAGUUUAACACGUGGAUAGGUGAUGCUGCACGCGUUAUCAUGUCCAAUGCAGUAAUCGAUGAGAUACUGGGUGAAAAUCUGGUAGAGAAAACGGCUCAUGUUGGCGAAGUCCUUCAUAAGAGACUUGCUAUUCUAGCUACCCAAUACCCUCAGUUCAUCCAGAAUCUCCGCGGCAAGGGACGAGGAACUUAUCUUGCCUUCGAUACGCCUAAUUCCAGUACCUUGCUGAAGGAAAUGCGCAAUCUUGGGAUCAAUAUUGGAAGCUGUGGUGUAUCGACUAUCCGACUGCGUCCGAUGCUUAUCUUCAGGAGGAGCAUAUUUCUCCAUUGGCUAAAGGUAAUGCAAUGA